AUGCCUUCGCGAGCAUAUGGUGAACAUAGUUGGUCUCCAGACUAUCGCCGUCACAUGACGGAGAAUCAUUUGAAUCGUAUAACCAACGAAGACAUGACCAUCAAUCUACUGCAAACCCAACUUGAAUUGUCUCUCAUACGGGAGGACUUCCAAGACCAGUUGUGUGAGCUCCAAAAGGGUGUUAAUCGAGACUUGGAUGCCAUGAACCGUGAGGUUGAUGACGUUCGCGCUGGUCAGCUGGAUAUCUCUAAUAUCCUUGAUGAUCUUAAGAAUCAUAUCUUUUCUCUGCAAGGGUCGCAUGUGAAAAUGGUCGUGGAGCACAACAAACGUAAGAAAGUGAAGUAUUUUGUUGGGAUUGUUGGUGUUGCUACUGUGGGUGUGUGUACGUACAUGUUCUUCAAGUAA